CCUAAAUCGCCUGGGACUGAGCCUAAAUCCCCUGGGACUGAGCCAAAGCACCCAAAUCCUGGCGCUUCCCAAGGACUGGAGCGGUCCUGUAAAGGGGGGCGGUGACGUCACCUCGCCCCCCCCUCCCCGGCCCGUCCUGAGGCGGCUCCGCCGUUUGCUCGGCGCCGUUCCCGGGGCCGGUCCUGGGCCGGGACGGGCGCUUGCCCCGGGGCUCCUUCGCCACCGGAGCGUCCCCAAGGUGGCCCUAGGGAGCAUGGAGCCCGUAAAGCUGUCCCCAGCCCUGCUGCAUGCACAGGUCAUCGGGGUGGCCACCCUGGGUGAGCUGCUGGCCACCCUGCCCAGCCUGGAUGAGAUGAUGACUCUGCUCGUGUCCCCAUUGUACCUGUACUGGAACCUAAUGGACUUCACCAAUGAGCUCUGGGACACCCUGUACCGCAUUGAUGACACCUGGAGACGCCACAAUGUCACCCUGGAUGAUGAUGACUCUCCCGCCUCCCUGAGCCGGGCCUUGGCCGCCUUCAAGAGCAUCCCAUGGAGCUCCAGGUUCCAUGUGACAAGGGCAGCCAGCGAGUGGCAGGGGUCGGUGUCUGUGCUUAUGGAGAGAUGGGCCAAGCUGGCCAGGGCAGCCAGCCAGCUCCACAACACCUGCAGGGAGGUGGCCACUGAGGCAGCCGACAUGGCGGCCACUGCCACUGCCCGGGCCAGGGAGCUGCAGGAUGAGGCUGCCCGUGAUGGGACAGCUCAGGAAAACAUGGUGGAGCUGGGUCAGGCCCUGGGUGGGGAGGAGGGGGCCGAGGUGGUGGCCAGGCACGAAGCCAGUGUGAGGAGAGAUGCCAUGGUGGCUUCCAGACGGGCAACAAUGGCCACCUUGGUGAGACUGCGGCUGGAGGUGGCCCUGGGGCUGCUGGAGCGCUUGGUGGCCGCGUGUGACGAAGCCACCGCCUUCCCCCGGGAGCUGCAGCGCCUGCUCAGGGACAUCAAGGCUGCCCUGGAGAGGAAAAAUAAGGCGUCCCGUGAUGUCCCCGAGGAUUUGGUGGCCAAGGUGGCUGUGGCUGAGCAGCUGUGGGAAGCCAAUGCUCGCCUGGCCAAGGAUCACCUGCUGGGGGCACUUCAAGACAUCAUCGACUGCUAUUUCCACGGUGCUUCCACCAGCCGCAGCGCCUGUGGGGUGGCCGAGCGGUGCCGAAGAGCCACUGAGGACAUCCCAAGGCUCCUUCGACCUCUGGAGCAUCCCCAAGGUGUCUCCAAGGUGUCCCCACUGAGCAUGGAGCCACAAGAGCUGUCCCCAGCCCUACUGCAGCCACAGGUCAUCGUGGUGGCCAUCCUGGGUGAGUUGGUGGCCGCCCUGCCCAGGCGGGAUGAGAUGCUGCUGCUCCUCAUGUCCGCAGUGAGCCUGUACCGGGACCUGGAGGAAUUCACCAAUGAGCUCCGGGACACCCUGUGUCACAUUGGUGGCAUCUGGUGGUACAGCGAUGUCACCGUGGAUGAUGAUGGCCCUUCUAUUUCCAAUGAUUUUGAUCCUCCCAUCUCCCUGAGCCGGACUCUGGCUGCCUACAAGAGCACCCCCGGGAUAUCCAAGCUCUUUGUGAAAAUGGAGGCCAGCAAGUGGCAGCAGUCAGUGGAUGAGCUCGUGGACGGGAGGGCCCGGCUGGCCAGGGCAGCCACCAAGCUCCGCAACACCUGCAGGGUGAUGGUCACUGAGGCACGCUACAGAGUGGCCACCGCCGCUGCCUGGGCCAGGGAGCUGCAGGACGAGGCUGCCCGUGAUGGGACAGCUCAGGAAAACAUGGUGGAGCUGGGCCAGGCCCUGGGCAGGGAGGAGGGGGCCGAGGUGGUGGCCGGGCAUGAAUCCUGGGUGAGGAGAGAGGCCAGGGUGGCUGCCAGCGACGCAACCAGGGCCACCUUGGUGAGACAGCGGGUGGAGGCGGCCCUGGGGCUGCUGGAGCGCUUGGUGGCUGCGUGUAACGAAGCCACCAUGUUCCCUCAGGACCUUCAGAACCUGCUCAGGGUCACCAGGGCCACCCUGAAGGGGAAAAAUGAGGCGUCCCCUGAUGUCCCCGAGGACUUGGUGGCCAAGGUGGCCGUGGCUGAGCGGCUGUGGGAGGCCAACACCCGCCUGACCAAGGAUCACCUGGUGCGGACACUUCCAGACAUCACCAAGUUCUCUAUCAAUGCUGGUCUCGACAGCCCCAGUGCCUGUGGGGUGGCCGAGCGGUGCCAAAGAGCCAUCGAGGACAUCCCAAAGCUCCUUCCACCCCUGGCGUGUCCCCAAGGCGUUCCCAAGGUUUCCCCAGUGAGCAUGGAGCUCCAAGAGCUGUCCCCGGACCUGCUGCAGCCACAAGUCACUGUGGUGGCCAUCCUGGGCGAGCUACUGGCCACCCUGCCCAGUCGGGAUGAGGAGAUGCUGCUCAUGUCCCUGUUGCGCCUGUACUGGGACCUGGAGGAAUUCACCAGGGACCUCCAGGUCACCCUGUACUGCACUGAUGACACCGGGAGGCGUCACAAUGUCACCAUGGAUGAUGAUGAUCCUGUCACCUCCCUGAGCCAGGCCCUUGCUGCCUACAAGGGCACCCCGUGGACCUUCUGGAAGCAUGUGACAAUGGCAGCCAGCAAGUGGCAGCAGGCUGUGUCUGUGCUUGUGAACAGCUGGGCCGAGCUGGCCAAGAAGGCCACCGAGCUCUGCAAGAGCUGGAGGGAGGUGGCCACCAAGGCGGCCGACAGGGCGGCCACCGCCCAGGCCAGGGAGCUGCAGGACGAGGCUGCCCAUGAUGGGACAGCUCAGGAAGACAUGGUGGAGCUGGGUCAGGCCCCAGGCAGGGAGGAGGGGGCUGAGGUGGUGUCUGAGCAUGAAGCCCCUGUGAGGAAAAAGGCCAGGAUGGCUGCCAGCGACACAACCAGGGCCACUGUGGAGAGACAGUGGGUGGAGGCGGCCCUGGGGCUGCUGGAGCGCUUGGUGGCCGCGUGUGAUGAAGCCACCAGGUUCCCCUGGGAGCUGCAGCACAGGGCUAGAGAAAUCGAGGCUGCCAUUAAGGGGACAAAUAAGGUGUCCCCCGAUGUCCCUGAGGCCUUGGUGGCCAAGGUGGCCGUGGCCACAUGGCUGUGGGAGGCCAGCGCCCGCCUGGUCAAGGAUCACCUGGGGGCGACAGUUCAAGACGUCAUCGACUUCUAUUUUGGUUGUGGUCCCGACAGCCCCCGUUGCCACCGGGUGGCCGAGCGGUGCCAAAGAGCCAUGGAGGACAUCCCAAGGCUCCUUCGGCACCCAGAGCGUCCCCAGAUCGUCACCAAGGUGUCCCCAGUGAGCAUGGAGCUCCAAGAGCUGUCCCCGGCCCUGCUGGAGCCACAGGUCACCAUGGUGGCCAUCCUGGGCGAGCUGCUGGCCACCCUGCCCAGGCUGGAUGAGAUGAUGCUGCUACUGGUGUCUCCAAGCUGCCUGUACUGGGACCUGAUGGACUUCACCAGGGAGCUCUGGGCCACCCUGUACCGCAUUGAUGACACCUGGUGGUGCCGCAAUGUCACCUCCGAUGAUGAUGACCCUCCCACCUCCAAUGAUGAUGACCCUCCCACCUCCGAUGAUGAUGACCCUCCGACCUCUGACCCUCCCACCUCCCUGAGCCAGGCCCUGGCCGCCUACAAGAGCACCCCAUGGACCACCUGGUUCCAUGUGACAAUGGUGGCCAGCAAGUGGCACAGGUCAGUGUCUGUGCUUGUGAGCAGCUGGGCCGAGCUGGCCAGGAAGGCCACCGAGCUCCCCAACACCUGCAGGGAUUUGGCCACCAAGGUGGCUGACAGGGCGGCCACUGCCCAGGCUAGGGAGCUGCAGGACGUGGCUGCAUGUGAUGGGACAGGUCAGGAAAACAUGGUGGAGCUUGGUCAGGCCCUGGGUGGAGAGGAGGGGGCCGAGGUGGUGGCCGGACAUGAAGCCCAGGUGAGGAGAGAUGCCAGGGUGGCUGCCAGCAAAGCAGCCAAGGCCACCAUGGUGAGACAGCGGCUGGAGGCAGCCCUGGGGCUGCUGGAGCGCUUGGUGGCCGCAUGUAACGAAGCCACCGCUUUCCCCCGGGAGCUGCAGCGCCUGCUCAGGGACAUCAAGGCCGUCCCGGAGGACAGAAAUAAGGCAUCCCAAGAUGUCCCCGAGGACUUAGUAGCCAAGGUGGCUGAGGCCGAGCAGCUGUGGGAGGCCAACGCCCGCCUGGUCAAGGAUCACCUAGGGGGGACAGUUCAAGACAUCAUCGACUUCUUGUUCACUGGUGGUCCCACCAGCCCCAGUGGUGUGGCUGAGCGAUGCCAAAGAGCCACCCAGGAUAUCAGAAGGCUCGUUCAACUCCCGGAGUGUCCUCAAGGGGUCCCCAAGGUGUCCCCAGUGAGCAUGGAGCUCCAAGAGCUGUCCCCGGCCCUGCUACAGCCACAGGUCACCGUGGUGGCCAUCCUGGGCAAGCUGCUGGCCACCCUGCCCAGGCGGGACGAGACGCUGCCCGUGUCCACAGGGUGCCUGUACAGGGAUCUGCAGGAAUUCACCGAUGAGCUCUGGUUCACCCUGUACUGCACUGAUGACACCUGGUGGCACCGCAAUGUCACCUACGAUGACGAUGAAGUCCCUCCCACCUCCCUGAGCCAGGCCCUGGCUGCCUACAAGAGCACCCCGUGGACGCCCUGGAAGUGUGUGACAAUGGCAGCCAGCAAGUGGCAGCAGUUGGUGGAUGAGCUUGUGGACAGCUGGGCCCAGCUGGCCAGGGCAGCCACUGAGCUCCACAGCACCUGCAGGGAGGUGGCCGCUGAGGCGGCUGACAUGGUGGACACCACCACCGCCCGGGCCAGGGAGCUGCAGGACAAGGCUGCCCAUGGUGGGACAGAUCAGGAAAACAUGGCAGAGCUGGGUCAGGCCCUGGGCGGGGAGGGGCAUGAAGCCCAGGUGAGGAGAGAGGCCUGGGUGGCUGCCAGCAAGGAAAAAAGGGCCACCAAGGUGAGACAGCGGGUGGAGGAGGCCCUGGGGCCGCUGGAGCGCUUGGUGGCCGCGUGCGACGAAGCCGCUGCGUUUCCCCGGGAGCUGCAGUGCAGGGUUGGGGACAUCAAGGCCGCCCUGGAGGGGACAAAUGAAGCGUCGCCCCAUGUCACUGAGUACUUGGUGGCCAAGGUGGCCGUGGCUGAGCGACUGUGGGAGACCAACGCCCAUCUGGUCAAGGAUCACCUGAUGGGGGCACUUGAUGACAUCUUUAACUUUUCUUUCGAUGGUGAUCCCAUCAGCCACUGUCAGGUGGCCGCGCGGUGCCAAAGAGCCAUCAAGGACAUCCCAAGGCUCCUUCAAUCCCCAGAAUGUUCCCAGAGCAUCACCAAGAUGUCCCCAGUGAGCAUGGAGCUCGAAGAGCUGUCCCCAGCCCUGCUGCGGCCACAGGUCACCGUGGUGGCCAUCCUGGGCGAGCUGCUGGCCACCAUGCCCAGUCGGGACAAGAAGAUGCUGCCCGUGUCCUCAAGGUGCCUGUACUGGGACCUGGAGGAAUUCACUAUGGAGCUCCGGGCCACCCUGUACUGCACUGAUGACACCUGGUGGCGCCACAAUGUCACCUCCAAUGAUGGUGACCCUGUCACCUCCCUGAGCCUGGCCCUUGCCACCUGCAACAGCAUUCCAUGGACCCCCCCUAAGCGUGUGACCAUGGCAGCCAGCAAGUGGCAGGGGUCGGUGUCUGUGCUUGUGAACAGCUGGGCCGAGCUGGCCAGGAAGGCCACCGAGCUCCGCAAUGCCUGGAGGGAGGUGGCCACUGAGGCGGCUGACAGGGCGGCCACCGCCACCGCCCGGGCCAGGGAGCUGCAGGACGAGGCUGCCCGUGAUGGGACAGCUCAGGAAAACAUGGUGGAGCUGGGUCAGGCCCUGGGCAGGGAGGAGGGGGCCGAGGUAGUGGCCGGGCAUCAAGCCUGGGUGAGGAUAGAUGCCAUUGUGGCUGCCAAGCAGGCAACGAGGGCUGCCCUGGAGAGACAGCGGGUGGAGGCGGCCCUGGGGCUGCUGGAGCGCUUGGUGGCCGCGUGUGACGAAGCCACCGCCUUUCCCUGGGAGCUGCAGCGCAGGGUUGAGGACAUCAAGGCCACCCUGGAGGGGACAAAUGAGGCAUCCCCCGAUGUCCCUGAGGCCUUGGUGGCCAAGGUGGCCGUGGCUGAGCGGCUCUGGGAGGCCAACACCCGCCUGGCCAGGGAUCACCUGGGGGGUACAAUUCAAGACAUCAUCGACUUCUAUUUCGGCUGUGGUCCUGAGAGCCCCCGUUGCCGCAGGGUGGCCAAGCGGUGCCAAAGAGCCAUGGGGGACAUCGCAAGGCUCGUUCAACACCCUGAGCGUCCCCAGAGAGUCUCUAAGGUGUCCCCAGUGAGCAUGGAGCCCCAAGAGCUGUCCCCAGCCCUGCUGCAGCCACAGGUCACUGUGCUGGCCAUCCUGAGCGAGCUGCUGGCCACCCUGCCCAAUCUGGAUGAGGAGAUGCUGCCCGUGUCCCCAGGGUGCCUGUACUGGAAACUGGAGAAGUUCACCAAGGAGCUCCGGUUCACCUUGUCCUGCAAUGAGGACACCUGGUGGCGCAACAUUGUCACCUCUGAUGAUGAUGGUCCUGUGACCUCCCUGAGCCGGGCCCUGGCUGCCUACAAGAGCAUCCCCUGGAUCACCUGGGACGAUGUGACAAUGGUGGCCAGCAAGUGGCAGCAGGCUGUGUCUGUGCUUGUGAACAGCUGGGCCGAGCUGGCCAGGAAGGCCACCGAGCUCCGCAACACCUGCAGAGAGGUGGCCAUUGAGGCAGCCGACAUGGUGGCCACUGCCACUGCCCGGGCCAGGGAGCUGCAGGACGAGGCUGCCCGUGAUGGGACAGCUCAGGAAAACAUGGUGGAGCUGGGUCAGGGCCUGGGCGGGGAGGAGGGGGCCGAGGUGGUGGCCAGGCAUGAAGCCCAGGUGAGGAGAGAGGCCAGGGUGGCUGCCAGCGAGGCAACCAGGGCCACCAUGGUGAGACAGCGGCUGGAGGCGGCCCUGGGGCUGCUGGAGCGCUUGGUGGCCGCGUGUGACGAAGCCACCGUGUUCCCCCGGGAGCUGCAGCACCUGCUGAGGGACAUCAAGGCCGCCAUGAAGGGGACAGAUGAGGCGUCCCCUGAUGUCCGCGAGGACUUGGUGGCCAAGGUGGAUGUGGCUGAGCAGCUGUGGGAGGCCAACGCCUGCCUGGCAAGGGAUCGCCUGGGGGGGACACUUCCAGACAGCAUCAAUUUCUUGUUCAGUUCUUUCCUCACCAGCCCCAGGGCCAGUGUGGUCGCCAAGCGGUGCCAAAGAGCCAUCGAGGACAUGACAAGGCUCAUUCAACCCCCAAAGUGUCCCCAGAGUGUCCCCAAGUUGUCCUCAGUGAGCAUGGAGCCCCAAGAGCUGUCCCCAGCCCUGCUGCAGCCACAGGUCACCAUGGUGACCAUCCUGGGCCAGCUGCUGGCCACCCUGCCCAGUCGGGACGAGAUGACGCUGCUGCUCACAUCCUCAGGGUGCAUGUACUCGCACCUGGUGUUGUUCACCUUGGAGCUGCGGGCCACCCGGUACUGCAUGGAUGACCUCUGGUGGUGCUGCGGUGUCACCUCCGACGAUGAUGACCCUCCCACCUCCCUGAGCCCGGCCAGCCGGGAGAGCACCCCAUGGACCCCCCGGAAGUGUGUGACAAUGGCAGCCAAGAAGUGGCAGCGGUCAGUGGAUGAGCUCGUGAACAGGUGGGCCCAGCUGGCUCGGAGGGCCACCAAGCUCCGCAAUGCCUGCAGGGUGACGGCCGCCGAGGCGGCUGACAGGGCGGCCACCGCCAUCACCCGGGCCAGGGAGCUGCAGGACGAGGCUGCCCGUGAUGGGACAGCUCAGGAAAACAUGGUGGAGCUGGGUCAUAGCCUGGGCGGGGCAGAGGGGACUGAGGUGAUGGCCAGGCAUGAAGCCCAGGUGAGGAGAGAGGCCAGGGUGGCUGCCAGUGAGGCAACAACGGCCACCAUGGUGAGACAGCGGCUGGAGGCGGCCCUGGGGCUGCUGGAGCGCUUGGUGGCCGUGUGUGACGAAGCCACCGUGUUCCCCCGGAAGCUGCGGUGCCUGCUGAGGGACAUCAAGGCCACCCUGAAGGAGACAAAUGAGGCGUCCCCUGAUGUCCCUGAGGCCUUGGUGGCCAAGGUGGAUGUGGCUGAGCAGCUGUGGGAGGCCAACGCCCGCCUGGCCAAGGAUCACCUGCAGGGGACACUUGGAGACAUCAUCGACUGCUAUUUCGAUCAUCGUGUCACCAGCCCUGGUGCCUGUGGGGUGGCUGAGCGGUGCCAAAGAGCCACUGAGGACAUCCCAAGGCUCGUUCAACACCCUGAGCAUCCCCAGAGAGUCCCCGAGGUGUCCCCAGUGAGCAUGGAGCCCAAAGAGCUGUCCCCGGCCCUGCUGCAGCCACAGGUCACCGUGGUGGCCAUCCUGGAUGAGCUGCUGGCCACCCUGCCCAGGCGUGAUGAGGAGAUGCUGCUGCCCAUGUCCCCAAAGAGACUGCACUCAGACCUGGAGGGAUUCACCGGGGACCUCUGGGACACCCUGUACAGCACAGAUGACACCUGGUGGCGCCUCAAUGUCACCUCUGAUGAUGAUGACCCUGUCACCUCCCUGAGCCGGGCUCUGGCCAGCUGGGAGAGCACCCCAUGGACUCCCCGGAUGCGUGUGACAAUGGCAGCCAGCGAGUGGUACAGGUCGGUGGCUGUGCUUGUGAACAGCUGGGCCGAGCUGGCCAGGAAGGCCACCGAGCUCCGCAACACCUGCAGAGAGGUGGCCAUUGAGGCGGCCGACAUGGCGGCCACUGCCACCGCCCGGGCCAGGGAGCUGCAGGACGAGGCUGCCCGUGAUGGGACAGCUCAGGAAAACAUGGUGGAGCUGGGCCCGGUCCUGGGCAGGGAGGAGGGAGCUGAGGUGGUGGCCAGGCAUGAAUCCCAGGUGAGGAGAGAGGCCAUUGUGGCUGCCAGCCGCGCCGCCAGGGCCACCAUGGAGAGAGAGCGGCUGGAGGCGGCCCUGGGGCUGCUGGAGCGCUUGGUGGCCGCGUGUGAUGAAGCCACCGCCUUCCCCCGGGAGCUGCAGCACCUGCUGAGGGACACCAAGGCCAUGCUGAUAGGGACAAAUGAGGUGUCUCCCAAUGUCCCCGUGAAUUUGGUGGCCAAGGUGGCCAAGGCCGAGCAGCUGUGGGAGGCCAACGCCCGCCUGGUCAGGGAUCACCUGCUGGGGGCAGUUGAUGACAUCCUCAAGUUCCAUUUCCACGGUGGUCUCGCCAGCCCCAGUGCCUGUGGGGUGGCCGAGCGGUGCCAAAGAGCCAUGGAGGACAUCCCAAGGCUUCUUCAACCCCCGGAGCGUCCCCAGAGCAUCCCAAGUGUGUCCCCAGUGAGCAUGGAGCUCCAGGAGCUCUCCCCUUCCCAGCUGCUGGAGGGUCUGGUGGACGUGGUGGCCACCUUGGGCGAGGUGGCGGCCACCGUGACCGGACCACGCCGGGGUGUGCGGCGCUGUGUGCCCCCAAAGUCCCUGCACGCGGCCCUGAGGAACUUCACCUGGAGCCUCCGUGAGACCCUGGAGCACCCCGGUGUCAGCUCCCUGGGUGACCCUGGGAUCACCUCCCUGGGUAACUCUGGUGUCACCUCCCUGGGCCAGGCCCUGGCCGCCCUUGGGGCCACCCCGGGGGCCACCUGGGCCGAUGUGAGAGCCGUGGGCAGCGCCUGGUGGGAGUCGGUGGCUGCACAUGAGGAGAGAUGGAAACAGCUGGUUCAGGAGGCCACCAAGCUCCGUGAUGCCUGUGAGGACGUGGCCAUCGCCAUUGCUCGGGCCAGGGACCCACAGGACAAGGCCACCUGCAGGGGGACAGCUGGGGACAACCUGGCGGCCACGGCCCAGCAGCUGCCGUUGGCCCUGGACAGGGAGGAGGAGGCCUCGGCAGGGGCUGUGCAAAAUGCCCAGGGGGCUGCGGCCACCAAUGAGGCUGUGGGAGAGGCCGUGGUGGCCACCAGGCGGGCGAGGGCGGCCAUCAGGAGGAGACAUUGGGCAGAGGUGGCCCUGGGGCCGCUGCAGCGCUUGGUGGAUGCGAGUGACAAAGCCACUGAGUUCAUCAGUUACACGGCGUGCCAGCUCAGGGACAGUGAGGCUGCCCUGGAGGGGACAAAUGAGGCGUCCCCUGAUGUCCCCGAGGACUUGGUGGCCAAAGUGGCCGAGUUUGAGCAGCUGUGGGAGGCCAGCGCCCGCCUGUUCAAGCAGCACCUGCUGGGGACACUUGGGGACAUCCACAACCUCCUCUUGAGUCCCUAUGGUGGCCGCGGUGGCCCCGCUGGCUCUGGCAGCCGUGCGGUGGCCGAGCGGUGCCAAAGAGCCGUCGAGGACAUCCCGAGGCUGCUUCAAGACAGUGACAUAACUGCUGCAAUGUCAUCGCAGCAGUGACAUCAUUGGGGACAUUGCUGGUGUCUCCUGUCCCUCCCCCUGCAGUAUUUGAGACAAAUCUGGGGAAUUUUCUGGGAAUUUUCGUAGAUACUGUCCCAAAUCCUGAUGGGACAUUCCUGGGGUGACACCACUGGGGACACUCAGGGACACUCAGGGACAGGGGAAGGGGGUGAAUGAGUCCCCCUGAGCAGCUUCCAGCUUUCCACUUAUACCCUGCAGCAGAGCCAGGGUAUAAAUGACAAUUUCAUAAUUGGCUUCUGCAAUUCUGUAUUGGCUUCUGCACUUUUGUAUUACCUUUUGCACAUAUUCAUUAAUCACCAGCAAUUUGAAAUGGUAUUUGAUACUGAUAUUGAUUAUCGAUGAUUCCUUGUAGCUGCUGGUUGGUGCAAUCAGCCCGGGCUGAUCUGGACUCUGUGUCAGACACAUCACUUGACCCCACUGAGGCACGAGUGGCCAAUAAAGCCACCCCAACGUUCCUGGAGGGGAGCACAGCCAGGGAGCUGCUCCAAGGCGCUGUCACUGAGAGAUUUCCCCUUGCAAACCCUGGGUGGGAUGCCAAUACACCCGAGCAGAUGGCAAGGUUAAAAUGAUUUCAAAGCCUCGUGGUAUGUGGGUAAAACAUGGGGUCUGUAAAGCUGGAAAUUGGUCAAAGCUUUUCCAAGUGAGGCAAAAUGAUGAUGAAUCACCCACUGAUUUUUAAACAGGUGAAGAGAAACUGCCAUCAAAUACACUGAUCCAGAUCCUGAAUCAGCUGAUGGGAAAGUACAUCUGGCUUUGUUUUGUGUGGGUCAGGCUUCAGAUGAUAUCAGAAGAAAAGAUAAAGGCAGUUCAAGACAUAGAUAAACUCCUGGAGGCUGCCUGGAAGGUGUUUUGCAGCAGGGACCCAACUGAAAGAGUUCAUCCCAACCUAGCAAGAAGGCAGCUCAGGAAAAGUCACCCAAGAAAGCUUCCCCUAGGGAGAAGGAGCAGAGUGCAUCCUGUAAGAAAUGGGGGCAUUGGAAAAAGGACUGUCCAGCGCUGAGAGAAAAAUCAUCAGUCCCUGUGGCAGCAGCAUUCCCCAGCGGGGAAUAAUGAGCAUUGGCUCCAGGAUUGCAGAGGGCUGAUCAAUCGCUUUGUUAUACUGUACUAUACUACUCAGAAAAACCCAUCGCCCUUGCCAGACAGUCACAACACACACGUGGAUCCAAUUGGUCAAUCAAGCCAAACAUCCAUCGCCAAUUGUCCUGGUUUGAAAGCAGAACCAGUGAGAGACUCCAAGUCAGAAAUACCA